UUUCAACAGAGUUAAUAUUUUUCCUAUUAAGACCAUAAUUAGGCCUACAUCAUUUGCUUCUUCCUGUCAGCCAUCAUUGUCAUGUAGAGGCUCUGCCCACAACAUCCUGACUAUAGUUAACCAUUAGGAAAUAUAAUGUACAUACGCGGAUACAUUUGUUCUUGUGACAGUAGUACAGUAGCAUUGGUAGUAAAGAGUAAAAAAAUAAGUUGCACAGAUUUUGACAGAUUCAGCUCAAUGGACUCUACACAUCAGUUUGGGAAAUACAGAGUGGAGCGAGAAGUGCUUGAUGAGCAGAGACUGGAAGAGGUUACACAGAGAAAAACAUACUCUGACACUCACCCUUCUCUAAUUGAACACCUUAAGGAAUCCCUAAGAUGUACAGUACCCAAACUAAAACAAAGUGUGGUGAGCAGCUUGCCUGUGUUGUACUGGCUGCCCAAGUACUCAGUCUGGGACUAUGGCAUGCCUGACCUCAUCUCCGGAAUCAGUGUGGGAAUAAUGCACCUGCCACAAGGUUUGGCAUAUGCAUUGUUGGCUUCCUUACCUCCUGUAUUUGGGCUCUACACGUCGCUCUAUCCAGCAUUAAUCUACUUCUUUUUUGGAACAUCACGUCAUAUCUCCAUUGGUACAUUUACAGUGCUUAGCAUCAUGGUGGGUAGUGUGACAGAAAGACUUGCUCCAGACCUGAAUUUCCUCAUAAUAAAUGGGACCAACAUCACUGCAGAGGUGAACAUAAUUGCCAGGGACUCAUACAGGGUGGAGGUGGCAGCUGCUACUACUGUCCUAGGAGGACUUAUUCAGGUGGCACUGGGUUUGGUAAAGUUUGGAUUUGUGGGAACGUACUUGUCUGAACCUCUGGUGCGAGCUUACACAACAGCUGCUGCAGCUCAUGCUGUUGUUGCACAACUGAAAUACAUCUUUGGAGUGUCACCAACACGGUUUAGUGGUCCCUUGUCACUGGUGUAUACUUUAAAGGAUGUUUGCUCCUUGCUGCCACACACUCAUUUUCCCACACUGGUGGUCAGUGCUGUGUCCAUGGUGUUUCUAAUUGCAGCCAAGGAGCUCAACUCUUAUCUCAGUCCGAAGCUGCCAGUGCCCAUCCCAGUGGAACUCAUUACAAUUGUGGCAGGAACAUUGAUAUCAACCUAUACCCACUUGGACAACAACUACACUAUUUCAGUUGUUGGAGUAGUUCCUAGUGGUCUUAGUUCUCCCAGUGUACCAGAUGUGAGUCUUUUUAGAGAAGUAAUUGGUGAUGCGUUUGCAUUGGCUAUGGUUGGAUAUGCCGUAUCAAUUUCACUUGGAAAAACAUUUGCACUGAAACAUGGAUACAAGGUGGACAGUAACCAGGAGCUGGUGGCGCUGGGUCUCAGUAAUGCAGUGGGAGGCUUCUUCCAGUGCUUCUCAGUCUGUUCCUCCAUGUCUCGAAGUCUCAUCCAAGAGAACACUGGAGGAAAAACACAAAUGGCUGGAGUGGCCUCUGCUCUGAUUGUGUUGGUGACUAUACUGAAACUUGGACCCCUGUUCAAGGAGCUGCCGAAGGCAGUUCUUGCAGCGAUCGUCUUAGUAAAUCUGAAGGGCAUGUUCAAGCAGCACUUUGACAUUGUUACACUGUGGAGAAGCAGCAAGAUUGAUCUGGUGGUGUGGUUGGUCACUUGGGUGUCAACACUGCUGCUCAAUCUGGAUCUGGGUCUCGCAGCAUCGAUCAUCUUUGCUCUACUUAGUGUUAUCUUCCGAACUCAGCUGCCAACAUACUCUGUUCUGGGAAAUGUUCCAGGUACAGAACUGUACGUGGAUAUAGAGACCCACACAGAGGUGAGGGAGAUUCCAGGUGUUACUAUAUUUCGCUCUUCUGCUACGGUAUAUUUCGCCAAUGCUGACCUCUACCUUGAGGCUCUGAAAGAAAAGAGUGGGCUUGACAUCAGUAAAAUGAUUAUCUAUAAGAGGAGACAGGAGGCCAAACAGAGACGUAGAGAAAUGAGGGCUGAGAGACGGGCAAAAAGGCAAGCCAAGAAAGAGAGACAAGCACAGAGAGCAGGUAAACAGAUGUCUGGAGCGCCGGUGUUCUCUGUGGAGGAAGAGGCCGGACGCUGGAGGGACACAUGCGUGGAUGGGAAUGUUACAGACAAGGAGGAGCAGGGCUUGACAAAGAGGGAGAAUGGGACAGUGUUUGUCAUUCCAAACACUCCUAGAACACUAGACGACCCCUGUAGAUGGGAGUACCUCAAGGGAGGAGAACCAGACUGCACCAGCUUAGGGUGGAUGUCUGAGCUGCAGGACGGGGACACCACCACCCUGGGCUCCAGCAGUGAUGACACGCUGAGUCACGAUCUGGAGCGGGUCUCUCUUGGGUCACUGGGCAAGUGGACCUGGGACAUUCACUCCAUCAUUAUCGACCUCUCCACCGCUAACUUUAUUGACACAGUGGCUAUCAAGACUAUGAAAAAUAUUUUCCAGGACUUCAGUGAGAUUGAUGUAGAUAUCUACUUGGCUGGUUGUCAAGCUUCUGUGGUGGAACAAUUAGAGCUCGGUGACUUCUUCUCUGAGUCAGUUACUAAGAGGCAUCUUUUUGCCUCCAUUCAUGAUGCUGUGCUCUACUGUCUGGACCACCGUGGAGCAACAUUGUUUCCCAGAUAUGAACCAUCUGUUGACACAUACAGCUGCACAAAACUUUAAGGAUUUCAACCAAACCAGCACUGAAGAUGGAGGAAACUAUCUCAAAAAGCUUAAUUGAAAAUUAAUAGAUGCUGAUGAUUUUUGAGUUAUAUCUAUUAGGGGUUUUACGAUUUUCCAAAUCCAACGAUUUACUUUGACUUUUGGCUUUAAGGUCAUGAAUUGUUUUAUUUUCAACUUUUUUUUUUUUAAGCAAUGCCACAAACAAACCACUAGAUGGCAGAGUGAUACUUUGCAACAACAGUUUGAGUUCCUUAGAGUUUAGGAAGUCCAAUAGAAUGCACCAUUAGUUUAACGAGGUGCGCACGAUUGCACGAUGGAGUCCUGCCUGAGCCCACAUGCUUUGCCUUUGUUGUUUGUUUACGUAACUCACUCACAGGGAUGGCAAAAUGUGACCACACUGGCAACUUUAUUAGAGCAGAAGUAUUUUCUAGUUCUGUUAUUUCACCGUCAUCUCCGACUGAAGCAGUCUGGCUGCAGGCUACUCGGCAGCUAAUUUACCCUGUGUCUUUAGCUGCCUGCUACAAGCCGGUAAGCUAUGUCUGUUAUUGUUUUUUCUUUGGGCGUGUGCCAGAAGGCAAGGGUGGAGAGAGAUUUCUGAUUCUGAUUGUCAAAAUUGAGAGCUCAUUCCGAUGGGGAGAUGGGGAAAAUCGAAACAGUGACACCACUAAUAUUUAUACAUCCCAUCUUAGGAAAACUGAAGUCAUGUGAGCUUAAUUUACCUUUAUUCAACGUGAGAGAAUGACAGAGUGCAUGUAUAGAGAAAACAAAAUAAACUGAUAAUUAAAUUAAACAUACAAACAACACGUUUCAAGAAGAAUCUGGUAGAAAAUGAGGAUUACAAGUAACAAGACAACAUGCAUCACACUGACAAUGUGUGAGCCUUUUUUGGUAAUGGCAGCAAUAACAAGGUAAGACAUUGAAAUGUUUACAGUAGCCAUUUCAAUUUUCAAGUGCAAUUUCUGCUCAUAGCAACAGCAAAAUCUGUGAAGCUAAUGCAUGCAAAGGGAUUUUUUUGUCUCAACUCCUUCAAUGAGUUUCUAGUGCAACAUUCCUGAAAUGGGAAAUUAUUAGAGUU